AUGACACCUUUCAUGAGCCUCGCCUUAUUUGUUGCCCUGUUCUUGCUCAACUCAGAUCGCAUUCAGAAAGCCAUUGAGAUAUGCAGCGAAUGUUUGAUUUUGCUAAAUGGCACCGAUCAAAACAGCGAAGACCAAUUUGAUUCAGCACUGCUACAAUUUUACAGCGACAUCUAUACCAUUCUUUUCAGCGCUUAUCGUCAUAUCUCUGACUACAUAAGUGCGGAAAGAUACGGAAGGAAACUGUUUGACUUAUACAGAGGGUAUGGAAUUAUGCUUUAUAAACUUAGCGAAAGCCUAAAAGCAAAGGAAUAUUUUGAGAGGGCCCUUGCCAUAACAACCAAAAUUGGCGACAGACGAGGGGAAGCAUCAUGUUAUGGAAACCUUGGUACUGUGUUUCUGUCCGUUGCCCAAUACGACAAGGCUAAAGAGUAUCUCCAAAAAGCGCUUGUCAUCAGAACUGAAAUUGGCGACAGACAUGGGGAGGCAAAUGACUACAGAAACCUUGGUAUUGUGUUUAUGUCGCUUGGCCAAUACGACAAGGCUAAAGAGUAUCUCCAAAAAGCGCUUGUCAUCAGAACUGAAAUUGGCGACAGACGAGGGGAAGCAUCAUGUUAUGGAAACCUAGGUACUGUGUUUAGGUCGCUUGGCCAAUACGACAAGGCUGAAGAGUAUCUCCAAAAAGCGCUUGUCAUCAGAACUGAAAUUGGCGACAGACAAGGGGAGGCAACUGACUACGGAAACCUGGGUACUGUGUUUAAGUUGCUUGGCCAAUACGACAAGGCUGAAGAGUAUCUCCAAAAAGCGCUUGUCAUCACAACUGAAAUUGGCGACAGACGAGUGGAAGCAUCAUGUUAUGGAAACCUAGGUACUGUGCUUAGGUCGCUUGGCCAAUAUGACAAGGCUGAAGAGUAUCUCCAAAAAGCGCUGGUCAUCACAACUGAAAUUGGCGACAGACAUGGGGAGGCAAUUGACUACGGAAACCUUGGUACUGUGUUUAAGUUGCUUGGCCAAUACGACAAGGCUGAAGAGUAUGUCCAAAAAGCGCUUGUCAUCACAACUGAAAUUGGCGACAGAGAAGGGGAAGCAUCAUGUUAUGGAAGCCUAGGUACUGUGUUUUUGUCGCUUGGCCAAUACGACAAGGCUGAAGAGUAUCACCAAAAAGCGCUUGUCAUCAGAACUGAAAUUGGCGACAGACAAGGGGAAGCAUCAUGUUAUGGAAGCCUAGGUGCUGUGUUUAAGUCGCUUGGCCAAUACGACAAGGCUGAAGAGUAUCUCCAAAAAGCGCUUGUCAUCACAACUGAAAUUGGCGACAGAGAAGGGGAGGCAACUGACUACGGAAACCUUGGUACUGUGUUUAAGUCGCUUGGCCAAUACGACAAGGCUAAAGAGUAUUUCCAAAAAGCGCUUGUCAUCAGAACUGAAAUUGGCGACAGAGAAGGGGAGGCAAUUGACUACGGAAACCUUGGUACUGUGUUUAAGUUGCUUGGCCAAUACGACAAGGCUGAAGAGUAUAUCCAAAAAGCGCUUGUCAUCACAACUGAAAUUGGCGACAGACGAGGGGAAGCAUCAUGUUAUGGAAACCUAGGUACUGUGUUUAGGUCGCUUGGCCAAUACGACAAGGCUGAAGAGUAUCUCCAAAAAGCGCUUGUCAUCACAACUGAAAUUGGCGACAGACAUGGGGAGGCAACUGACUACGGAAUCCUUGGUACUGUGUUUACGUCGCUUGGCCAAUACGACAAGGCCGAAGAGUAUUUCCAAAAAGCGCUUGUCAUCACAACUGAAAUUGGCGACAGAGAAGGGGAAGCAUCAUGUUAUGGAAACCUAGGUGCUGUGUUUUGGUCGCUUGGCCAAUACGACAAGGCUGAAGAGUAUCUCCAAAAAGCGCUUGUCAUCAGAACUGAAAUUGGCGACAGAGGAGGGGAAGCAUCAUGCUAUGGAAACCUAGGUACUGUGUUUACGUCGCUUGGCCAAUACGACAAGGCUGAAGAGUAUUUCCACAAAGCGCUUGUCAUCACAACUGAAAUUGGCGACAGAGAAGGGGAGGCAACUGACUACGGAAACCUUGGAAUUUUGUUUAGAACUGUUGGUGAUUUUGGAGCUUCGGAAGUAUGCUUGGAGAAAGCUUUAUUCAUAUCCAGAGAUAUUGGAGAUGGAAAAGUAGAGUUUGAAAUCCUCCGAGGUUACGCCGUUUUGUAUUUAUAUCAAGAUAAAAUCAAAGACUCCCUGUCGUGUCUUCACCUGUGCAUUGAAAAGUAUGAGGAGCUGAGAUAUUUCUUGGGCGCCAAUGAUCAGUUCAAAACAUCAUUUCUGGAGGACACAGGAAUAUUCCCCUACAAGCUGCUUUCUACUUUGCUUUGUGACACCAGAAAUGCUCGGGAUGCUCUUUAUGUUGAGGAGUUGGGUCGAGCUAGAGGCCUAUCAGACUUAAUGGCAGAGAAGUACUCGGUUGAAACGCACAUCUCUGCUAAUCGACAAUCUUGGUUUGGCAUUGAGGAUAUUUUAAGAAAGAUAAGAAACUGUACUUGUCUGUACAUUUCUUAUUUUCAGAAUCGUCUGCAUUUGUGGAUCUUGAAAACAAGUGGAGUCCUUCACUAUAGAAGAGUAUCACCAGAAGAGAAUCUAGUUCAGGCUGGGUUACCCAAAGAUUUGUCUGUGAGUCAAUUUUUGGAUUAUAAUUUCCGGAGUCUUGGUAUUUUGCCCACUAAAGAUUGUGAAGAUCGGUCUUUAAAUACGAUUAAAUUGCAACCUCUCUCCCCCGCGCAAAAGAGCUCAGCAAGAUUGCGACUUUUGGACGAGGACGAGGACGAGGACGAGAAAGUGAUUUCAAGUCUAUACUUGUGUUACAAAAUGUUCAUUGCCCCCGUUUAUGAUUUGCUUGAUGAGCCUGAAGUAAUUAUUGUUCCUGACCGCAGGUUGUACAAAGUUCCCUUUGCUGCCCUGAGUGAAAAGGAGGGAGCCAAAUACUUGUCAGAGACUCAUAAGAUCCGUAUCAUUCCUUCGUUGACAACACUCAAGAACAUUCAAGAUAGUCCAGAGGACUAUCACAGCAACACUGGUGCCUUGGUAAUAGGCAAUCCCAAGGUUAAUUGGCUGCAACCAUUGCCAGCUGCAAGAAAGGAAGCGGAGAUGGUUGGGCAACUGGUGGGUGUUCCGCCUCUAGUUGAAGAGAAAGCAACGAAGCAGGCGGUACUUGAGCGGAUAAGUUCAGUGAGCCUGAUACAUUUUGCUGCCCAUGGUGACGCGGAAAGAGGGGAAAUUGCACUCUCCCCCAAUCCCUGUCCCAACAGUCAAACCGCUAUCCCACCGAAGGAAGCUUACAUGUUGACGAUGGCUGAUGUCUCACGAGUGAAAGUCAGAGCUAAACUGGUGGUACUUAGCUGCUGUCACAGUGGAAGUGGAGAGAUAAGAGCCGAAGGAGUUAUAGGAAUUGCCCGUGCGUUCUUAGGAUCCGGUGCUCGCUCGGUGUUGGUUGCGCUGUGGGCCAUUCCAGACUCAGCAACAGAGCAGCUGAUGAGUCGGUUCUACGAACACCUCAUUGAAGGUGGAAGUGCCAGUGAAUCCCUUCAUCAGGCCAUGAAGUGGAUGAGAAAAAACCCCUUGAACAAAAUCUCUGAGUGGGCUUCGUUUACGCUGAUUGGAGAUGAUGUUAGACUCGAGUUUGACAACCAGAGGCAAGACUCGGUGAGAACAGGUAUUUCAUAAAUUAAAGUUAAAUUAGAUGUGAGGAUGGUCAUGACUUACUGGUCGUUGACCGGAUGGGGAUCCUCUGUUACCUUGAACAUCAAGGCUAAUUUAAUAUCUAUAUAUAUAUAUAUGUACAUAUACAUAAAUAUAAAUAUAUAUAUAUAUAUAUAUAUAUAUAUAUAUAUAUAUAUAUUUACGCACACUUUUUUUUCCUUUUUUAAGAGUUACUAUCUCCGCUCUCUGGUGUAAAAUAUAGAAUCUCACAGAUGCCUCUCUACCAAUGAGAUACAAGUAGUAGCCAAUUAUUUUUAUAUAUCGUGCUUGGUGUAAUUGUGUUUGCUUUAUAUCCAAAAUAUUAAUUGAGGUAAUAAUAAAUUGGGUUAUUUCAAAUUUUUUCUUGCAGGAAAAAAGACCCCGAUAGAGUAAAUAAUGACAAGUACUCGAAGGGAACGGAGUUAAAAGACUUUUAGAUGGAUAAAUUAAAUAGUAAUAAGUAGAGAAAAUACUCUAUCCGGUAUUUCAUCGACAUUAAAAAAAAGAGCUAUCCCAGGUUAGGGGAGAUUUAUUCCAAUUUUUGGUGCUUUCUUUUCUGAUAUUCUCAGGAGGAGGUACUGGUUAUGUACUCACCAUUUUUUAUGUUUUUCACGCAAAAAUUACAUUCUGAUAUAAUAAGCACGAAACAAUGUUGACCUACGUAAGGCUUUUGAGUAAAACGAAUUCAGUAAAGUUAAGACAGUAGUUUAAGUUUUAAACAAACCACUAAAAUCUGGUUUAAUUUUUGUGUUUUCAAGCCUUUUGUAAGGUUUAGUUAUUAAGAAUACCUUCCAUAUUUGUUCUUGUUAAUAUACGGGUAACUGCGGAGAGAUUCGUUUGUACUAGCUCAACGCCUAGCAGGAGUCGUGCCGGCACGUAAACACUUUUUAAGUGGCGUUAAGAUAGGAUUCGCAAAAGGAGAAGCGUUGCGCAUCCUAAAAAUAAGUCCGAAGCACUUCACAUUUAAAAAAAUCGUACAGAGCUUAAAAAUACGACUAAAAGAGAGGAAAGAGGAUACCUGACGAACUUCUGGAGAAAUACGUGUCUCAAGUUACCUGCUCCAGUAGAGAAGGAUCACUUCCGGCUUUACAAAAGCUCAAGAACACGCUGAUGUGGAAAUGUCACAUUCAAAAUCACAUCGCCAAAAAACAUUAAAGUAUAUCUUGGCCAGAACUGAUCUUUGGAGACAGAAGUUUAAAAUCGCUUGCAGAUGGCGGGAGUGUCAUGCGGGCAUGUCAAUACUUCAAUUUUUAACAGGUCACUUGCCUCUUGUGCUAUGCACCCUGCGCGAAGCUUGUCGACUCUUAAAUGCAGAAAAAUCUCUGCCAAUUGGCUA